AUGGCAGUGAAGAUCAGCUCGCACCCAGUUGCUUCGCAGCUGGGGGUCCGCUCCCGCGCCGCCUUGGAGGACAUCGGCAACCUCGUCGCCGAGCCGAAGAAGCAGCCUGCUGCCAAGAAGGUGUCGGUGGAGCGGGGCUGCAGGAAGCAGCCGGACAUCAGGCCCACACUUGCCCCCUCCCUGGGUACCAGAAGGACACUGAGGUCCACCACCAAGGAGAACAUGCCACCUCCUGCCCCAGAGCCUCAGCCGGAGCCCCCCCAGAUGGAAUCUCAGUCUCCAGUCCCCAUGGACAUAUCUGGAUGCACCGCAUCGGAGGAUGUGCUGUGUCAGGCUUUUUCUGAUGUCCUGCUUGAUGUGGAAGAUGUAGAUGCGGAAGAUGGUGCUGACCCAAAACUCUGCAGUGACUAUGUGAAGGACAUCUACAAGUACCUGAGAAGCCUUGAGGAAAAUCAACCUGUCAGACCUAAAUACCUAGCCGGCCAGGAAAUUAAUGGGAAUAUGCGUGCCAUACUGAUAGACUGGCUUGUGCAAGUACAGGUAAAAUUCGGACUCCAGCAGGAGACCUUGUACAUGGCAGUUGCUAUCAUCGAUCGCUUUCUGCAGGACAAUGCUGUUACUAAGGAGGUGUUGCAGCUGGUUGGUGUCACAGCAAUGUUUGUUGCCAGCAAAUAUGAAGAAAUUUAUCCCCCACAUAUUGGAGAUUUUGCCUAUGUGACAGACAACACUUACACAAAGUUUCAGAUCUGCCAGAUGGAGAUGAAGAUCCUGCGAGCCCUGGACUUUGAUCUGGGUCGCCCGCUCCCUCCGCACUUCCUAAGGAGGGCUUCAAAGAUUGCAGAGGUGGACUUGGAACAGCACAUUCUGGCCAAGUACCUUAUGGAAUUGUCCAUUGUGGACUAUGAUAUGGUUCACUUCCCCCCAUCCAAGACAGCUUCAGCUGCUUCCUGUUUGGCUCUGAAACUCCUUGAUGGGUGUGAGUGGACACCAACUCUGCAACACUACAUGUCUUACACUGAGAAUGACCUUCUCCCAGUUAUGCAGCACAUAGCAAAGAACGUCAUUCUUGUGAAUGAGGGCAUUACCAAGUAUGUGGCAAUCAAGAACAAAUACGCCAGCAGCAAAAACUGUAAGAUAAGUCGCCUUGAACAGCUGGACUCUACUAUCGUAUGGAACCUAGCUCAACCUCUGAUUAAACAACUGCGAAAGUAG